GCGGAGGAGGAGAGGGAGGAGGAGGAGGAGGGGUGGGAGGAGCGGGAAAAGGAGCGGGAAAAGGAGCGGGAGGAGGAGUGGGAGAAGGAGCGGGGAUCGUCGGGGAAGGAGCAGGAGCGGGGCUAUGGCACGGGACGAGGAGCGGGAGGAGGGGGAUGAGGGACGGGGGAAAGAACAGGAGAAGCAGCAGGAGAAGGAGGAGGAGGAGGAAGAGCGGGAGGAGGAGCAAGAGGGGGGGUGGGAGAAGGAGAGGGAGGAGGAGCAGGAGCUGGGCUAUGACGAGAUCUUUGUCAUGUUGUUUGACGGAGGAGAAGCGAGAAGAGGAGGAGUGAGAGCAGCGGGAGAAGGAGCGGGCGAAGGAGUGAGAGAAGGAGCGGGAGGCGUGGGAGGGGAAACAAGAAGGAGUGGAGGAGGUGCGGGAGGAGGAGUGGGAGGAGGAACGACAGGGGAAACAGGGAGGGGGUUAGGAGCGGGAGGAGUGCGAGCGGAAGCGGGAAGGGGCGGAGGAGAGGCCGGAGGAGGAGCGGAAGAAGGAGCGAAAGGGUUGAAAGAGGGGGGUGUGGGGGGGGUGGACAUCGAUUGAUUGACAUGGCCAACAACACUCGCACCCUGCAGGCGUAUUCACCCUGAGUGGUUACCGACACUAGCACUUCCCCAUAUGAAUUUGUCCGCAACAACGGCUAGAGGUGGAUGAACGUGACCACCAUAGUGUCCGGAGCUUAGAAGAAAAUCCUACUAUGAGUAUGCUGUGCGCGCAGCCUAGGACCAAAAAAAUAACAAAAAACGCUAAACAGC